UUCAGGUGAGAAAUCAUUACAAGUGAGUUUUUGUGAAGGAAAUCAUAACGUUGUGAGAGAGCAAACGGGAAACAGUAUCGAAAACGUGCUCAUGACUAAGCAAAGCCACUGCUAACAGCGCAAAAGAUUAACUGAGGGAAGAGGACUACAGAUACAAUAGUAUUUUACAGAAUGGCGCCCGCAAAGGCAACCAGCUCCAGCCGGGCCACCGUAACCAGUCAGGACGCUAUGAGCGUGGCCAUUAAGAAGGAAAAGGUCAAACGCUCUGCCCUGGGCAACAACUGCAAUCCUAGCAAUCCCAACAUGGACCAGAUUCCAUGCAGAUCCCAGGCCCAAGCCCAAGCCCAAGGAGUGGCCAUCAAGCCGGUGCGUCGAAUUUCCAACCAGACUGAGGACCCGUCGGGCCUGGAGGACGUCUCCACCUGCGGCGACUCCAUGCGUCCCGCCGCUAUUGCCUUGGCGCCUCUUCGACGCGUCCCGCGAGGUGUGGUCGACUUUGACCAGAAGAACUGGGACGACCCCUUGCAGGUCUCGCACUACUCCAUGGAGAUCUUCAACUAUCUGAAGACACGCGAGCCGGCGUUCGCCAUCGGGGACUACAUGCCGCGACAGAUCCACCUGACCACGUACAUGCGGGCCGUGCUGGUCGACUGGAUGGUCGAGGUGCAGGAGCACUUCAGGCUCUACCACGAGACCCUGUACUUGGCUGUGAAGAUCGUGGACCUCUACUUGUGCCGCGCAGUCAUCAAGAAGGAGAAUCUGCAGCUCCUGGGGAUCACAGCCUUCUUCAUUGCCAGCAAGUACGACGAGUGCCUGCCCCUCCGGAUCUGGGAGGUGCUGUACAUUUGCGACGGGGCCUACAGCCGCGACGAGCUGGUCAAGAUGGAGCUCGAAACGCUGCGCCUCAUCCAGUACGACCUGGGCAUUCCCCUGUCCUACAGCUUCAUGCGUCGCUACGCCCGUUGUGCCCAGGUCAAGAGGACCACUCUGACCCUGGCUCGCUACAUCCUGGAGCUGUCGCUGAUGGACUACGCCGCAAUUGGGUUCAGGGACUCGCAGAUGGCAUCGGCCGCCCUCUACAUGGCCCUGCGCAUGCGCGCCGGCGCCUCACACCUGGAGCAACAGACCUGGACCUCGACUCUGGUCCACUACACGGGCUUCCAGCUGGCGGAAUUCGCCGAGAUCGUGCCCGUCCUGAAUGCCGGCCUCCAUCGCAGGCCGCUGGACACCAUCAAGAAAAUACGCAACAAGUACUCGGACAAGAUAUUCCACGAGGUGGCCAAGGUGCCGCUGCUCACCAACCAGGAGCUGUUCCAGAACAACCUGGCCCCAAAACAAAAAAGCAGAGCCCACCACUGAAGAGGACACACACAAUGUCCCCUGCCCCCUUCCUGUCCCUGACAUAUUCCCACACAAGUUUAUAUAUUUUUGUGAUCUAUUUUUAUGUUGCUAUUUAUUUUUGAUUUAUUUGUAUUAUUGUGACUUUUGCAUUAG